UCCGUGUUCUAUGACGUGCUAACCACGAUACAGAGGCUAACUCAACUGUUUUAAAUAGUGUGAAAACAAGAACAGGAUAAACGGGGAGUGACACCAGUUUUAUCGUGACUAUUUAUUGAAAAGAGUUAAUGUUUUACGCGUAGAUAAAAUACGAAAUGUUUACUUUCUGUGAGAUAAGUUGUGUCGGUGUUAUAAGUUAGCCAGCUAGCUAACGUGAGGACAGCACGUCAACAGAUGCUGGUUAGUUUUAGUGUAGGCUGUGAUCCGACAGUAGAUAUUCACUGGUUGCAACAUGGGGAAAAAGAAACAGGGCAAGUUUGUGCGCCCUGACAACAAGGGCAAAGAAAAAAGGCAUAAAAUGAAGGGGAAAUCCUUAGAGGCCUUUACAGAAGAAAUGCACUCUGCUCUUGAAGCAAGUCUUCACGUAGAGGAGGGAGCAGAGGCCCCUCAGGUGAAACUACCUUGUCCACUCGCCAUGUGGGAGUUGGGUCACUGCGAUCCCAAACGUUGUACUGGCAGAAAGUUGGUUCGCAAGGGCUUCGUACGCAACCUGCGCCUCAAUCAGAGAUUUAAUGGACUCAUACUGAGUCCAAUGGGCACAAAGUAUGUGUCCCCAGCAGAUAGAGAGAUUGUGGCUCAGAAUGGGUUAGCAGUGAUCGAUUGUUCCUGGGCUAAACUGGAGGAGACUCCCUUCAGUAAGAUGGUCGGAGCUCAUCCCAGGUUACUGCCGUACCUUGUAGCUGCAAACCCCGUCAACUACGGCAAGCCUUGCAAGUUAUCCUGUGUUGAGGCUUUUGCUGCCACAUUCUGCAUUGUUGGUUUUGAAGAACUGGCAGUGCUGUUGUUGCAAAAAUUCAAGUGGGGGACCGUGUUCCUGGAUCUCAACAAAGACCUGCUGGACCGAUAUGCUGCAUGCAAGUCAGAGGAGGAGCUGCUCUCUGUGGAAAAGGAUUUUCUCACGUCCAAACCAGAGGAGGAGGAGUUUGAUCCAUUUGACACCUCGGGAGUAGAAUGUAGAAAUCUCAACAGAGGUCUGUGUGCACCUGAAGAUGAUGAUUCUAGUGAGGAUACGGACACCUCAGAGGAUGACGAACAUGAAGCAGAGGAUGAAAAAAGAGAAGGCAACAAUGAGUCAAGAACAGUCUCACAUCAUGAUGAAGAGGAAGAGACUGAAUGAAAGUCAUCACAAUAAAGCGUGUUUUCCCCCUACAAAGACUGACAAAACUUUUUCAACACUUAUGACUCAUACUUAUGAAGGGUAUUUGGGGUUAUCAAUUUUUGUACAAGUGCAAAAAUUAAACAAUGAAUUGUAUUUUUAUGUUAACAUGCUGAAUAAAAUUAUAUGUGCAACCCUCA